AUGGAUGCCACCUCAGGUAAAAUGCUGAAUACAGCUGGUUUAUUAUGCAAUGACCAAGAGUCAUUGGAGAACUCUUUUAAUAAAAGUGACAAUACUUUAGCUGACGAAAUCAACUUGGGGCAUGGCAUGCUUGAGAAUAUUAAGAAUAACAAGUUUGUUAUGACUGAUAAUUCAUGUCAGACAAAUGAUCAGACAGCGAACGAACGCUGGGGACUUUAA